AUUUAUAGACCUCCCUCCAAAUUAAGCAGUCAGAAAAGUCUCUGAAAACAUUUCCAUGUUGGCUCCCAGACUCCUCCCUCCCCAUCCCAAUUUCCAUUAAACUCAAGCUGUCACCAGUUCAAAAAAUUCCCAGGACUACAUUCCUGGGAAACUCAAGACAUCCUACCACCACCCACGGAGUGCUCCACUCCAGUCUCUGGGACCUCCUUCCAAGCCUCUGACAUGCCUUCUGCAAGUUUUCUACUGGAACUUUCUUAACCACACCAGAAGGUGUCAACAAAAGAUUUUCAGACUUCGUCAUGAAAAGGAGGAAGCCCAAACUGAAAUGAGUUAAGAACUUCAUCUCCGAGAGAGGAUUGUGACUUGGCCCUGAGUUGAGCACCAUGAAGAAGAACAAUAGGAACUCUACCACAAGGAUCAAUGAGCAAGAUGCCAUCUCCAUCCCACCCUCCCAAGAUCCAGGAGAUCUUCAAAAUAUGUUGAAUGGAGGAGAGUAUGCCCCUUUUGUAUCUCCUCCCAUAUUAGAGAGCAAUUUUAUCCAGGUUAACAGGAGAGGUGAAUCCAUUUACCUUCAUAACCGAGCCAACUGGGUGACUGUAGGCAUCUGCUCUUCCAGUAAAACCCACAAGACCCCCAGUGUGAUGCUUCUGGCACAUCUGACCCCUGAAGCUCAGAAAGAUACAGAACCCCUGUUUCAAAGUCUCCUGACAUCUCCUUCGCCAGAGAACCUGGUGCUCACCAGGUUUCUCCCUCUGCAAUUUGUGACUCUUUCUGUGCACAAUGCUGAGAAUAUGCGCCUCAAAGUAAAGCUGGUGAGUGGUCGAGCCUACUACCUACAGCUCUGCGCCCCUGCGUGUAAACAGGACGCCCUCUUUUGUCAGUGGGUGGAACUCAUCUCCCUCUUGAAUGAGGAGAAAGCCAAAGCUUCCAAACUGUCAGAAGUCUCAAGCCUCUCAGAAGUCACAAAUAGCACAGACAUCACAGGCUCAACGGACAUCAUGGAUAUUGCAGCAUUCACAGCUCUACAGAGCCCACCACUGUGCACAUGUUCAGACCCCGUACAUGCUGCAGAAAGCACUGAUUUCUCAGAUUUCACAGAUGAUGUCACCGAUGUCACCGACGUCACAGAUGUUCCAGAAAAUGAGGUCAGAGAGACCCCAGAUAUAAAUAUUGUCACAGAAGUCACAGAAGUCACAGAAGUCACAGACCUCUGUGACGUCCCAAACUGCUCAGAGGUCACGGUGGUGUUUGAAAAUGAUGACAUACUAAGGGCCAAGCAAGAGGAAAAGGAAAAACUAGGAAACACUCUGAAGUCUGGGUGUCUACGAGAUGCAAAAACUAAGAACGAGCUCAGAGAACCCUCAAAACAUGUCACCAUCUCAAAUGUAGCACUGACUUUCCAAGGUGAACGAUGUUUUCAUACUACCUUGACUCAAGAAGAAAGUGAGACAAGUUCGUUCAAAGGGAUGAGUGCCAGAUCCUCUGAAAUAAGGACAACUGAAUUUAAAAGCACAGCUCUUGAGGCUGAAGAAUCCAGGAGCAUGAGAACUGAUUCAGUCACCUCAGGCUUACAUAGUUUUUCCAUUUUCCCUCUGAUUGGCAUUUCCUUCCCCGUUUCCACACUCCUCUGAAUCACUUUUCCCCCCUUUGGUACUUACUCACAUUUUACACUUCUUACCCCAAGAAGAGCAAAGAUUAGAAUCUUAGUCCCUUGUCCCAUUGAAUUUAGACUGAAUGUAGAUGAAAAAUGAGUCGGUGAAUCUGAUUUCUAUUCUAGGCAGCAGAAACUAGGAACUGCUCCCCACUGCUAUUAAACAAAACCCUGGUCAAGUUCACGUUCACGCAACUCCGGGACCAUACUGCCUGGGGACCAUGGUCUCUUAUUCAUGUCUCAAACCUCUCAGCAGUGUGACACUCUCCUCCUUUCUGAGUAAGGCUUGGUAAAGUGGCACUUCACAUGUACUGUUUUUAUAACAAGGCUACAGGGCAGAGCCCAGACGGACACUGUCUCUCUGGAUCUGGGUCCAUCUCUCCCUUUUCUUAGCUUUUAAUUUCUUAUCUAUCUAGGUUUUACUGUCCUUAGCUCUGCUGAUCUCUGUAUGGGGAGCCCAAACUUAGGCUCACCUAUGGUCCCACGGGAUUUUCCCAGGAUGGUAGGCAAUUAGACAAAGGCUAGAGAGCUGAGAAGGAAGAGAGGGGAAAAUUGCUUAUGAAAUCCUGGGCAUGUCCCCUUCAUCCAAACCCAUCUUUCUUUUCCACCUUCCUCUGAACUAUUGCAAAUCAAAUUCCUUGCAAUCCUAAGCAGCCAGGUUCAGUCUCUACUUAUGAAACCCGGUCUAAAAAGAGAAAGGGUGGGAGGACCCUAAAAGAGAAGCUGUUUGUGAAAUUUAACAAUGGGCUCCAUUGGAAAGAAUAAAGACAUUUUUUAAUUUAAGA